AUGAAGGAGCAUGUGCUCCAGAGCCUGGUCCCACUGCUCCUCCUUGUGCAUGAUGAGUGUCCCAACGUGUCCCAGGUGUGUUGGGACACCCUCAGCAGUGCCGCCCAAUUCCUGAGGUGGCACCAGCUCAGUGGCCUCAUCCAGCACAAGGAAACCUGGCGAAGCUGUGACUGCCUGGUGAUCCACUACAAGGAGAGAGCUGAUGACUUCCUGGGCCAGACCAUGGCCUUCCUGCAGAACCCACAGACUCCAGUUAGGAAGCAGCCAUCAGGUUCCUAG